GUCUAAUGAAAUUUCUGAAUCAAUUUGAUUUACUAUAUGUACCCCAAUGUGUUUUCAUUAAAAAAAAAAAACCUGUUAUGGUAACUACCACAGAAACUCAGCAGCACAUCUUUUUGCUGGUAUAAAGCCAAGUUGGUACAUCACCAAUUACAUGGUAAACUGUUUACUUCAGUUAAUCAGUUAAUCAGGCAUACUGGCUGACCUGAUAGAUGACACAAAUUACUCUCUGGUCUUUUUAUGAAAGUUAAGACAAAUGACAGAGCAUGAUUCUGACCAUGAGUCCAUUGCUCUAACCACUAGACCACAUGACCUUGAUAAUUCUUUGUUUUUGCCUUAACCCAAGUAUUUCACAGCUCACUCAUCACGUGACAGAGGCAUUGCCUUGACUGGAGAGGGAGACAGACAGAAGUCGAGACAGGGCAAAAAAGGAGGUAACUUUGACAGCUACUUUGAAUGUUACCCAGGUGCAAUGGAAACAGCUGAUGCUCUGGAUGAUUCUGAUGAUGAAGUAGAUUACUCUAAAAUGGACCAGGGUAACAAGAAAGGUCCUGUAGGAAGAUGGGAUUUUGACACUGCAGAGGAAUACAGUGACUAUAUGAACCAGAAGGAAGCUUUGCCAAAAGCUGCAUUUCAGUUUGGAAUCAAGACAUCCGAGGGAAGGAAGACAAGAAGAGCUCACACAGAGAAGAAUGAGAAGGCUGCACUAGAUAGAGAAUGGCAGAAAAUUAGUCAGAUCAUUGCAAAGAGGAAAGAGACUGGAGAGGGAAAAAGGGAAGUUGACUACAAACGACCCAAGUACUGAUUAACCGGUUCGUGUUUGGAUAAAUGUAACAUUUUGUAUAUAACAAAAAAAUAUUUCUUGAUGAAGUCAUUGUCAGAAUAAUAAGAUGUCAUUGGGCA